AUGAGCACCGAUAUCAAAUUUGCCAUCACGGGUGUUCCCACCACUCCCUCCAGCAAUGGAGCGGUCCCUCUCCGCCGCGAGCUCCGCGACCUCCAACAAAACUACCCGGAGCAGUUCAAUCUCUACCUCCUCGGCCUGCGCGACUUCCAAGGCCUCGACGAAGCCAAGCUAGACUCGUACUACCAAGUCGCUGGCAUCCACGGCAUGCCCUUCAAGCCGUGGGCCGGCGUCCCUUCCGACACGGACUGGUCCCAACCCGGCAGCAGCGGCUUUGGCGGCUACUGCACGCACUCGUCCAUCCUCUUCAUCACCUGGCACAGACCCUACCUUGCUCUGUACGAGCAGGCCCUCUACGCCUCCGUGCAAGCCGUUGCCCAAAAGUUCCCUGUGGAAGGGGGGCUGAGAGCCAAGUACGUUGCGGCCGCCAAGGAUUUCAGGGCGCCGUACUUUGACUGGGCUAGUCAGCCUCCUAAAGGAACGCUGGCGUUUCCGGAGUCCCUCUCAUCGCGUAACAUACAAGUGGUGGAUGUCGACGGGAAGACCAAGAGCAUCAACAACCCGCUGCACCGGUUUACUUUCCACCCGGUCAACCCUAGCCCGGGUGACUUCAGCGCGGCGUGGAGCAGAUACCCGAGCACGGUCCGGUAUCCAAACCGGCUGACAGGGGCAUCGCGGGAUGAGCGGAUUGCGCCCAUCUUGGCGAACGAGCUGGCGUCGUUGAGAAAUAAUGUCAGUCUGUUGUUGCUGAGCUACAAGGACUUCGAUGCGUUCAGUUAUAACAGGUGGGAUCCGAAUACCAACCCGGGUGAUUUCGGCAGUUUGGAGGAUGUGCAUAAUGAGAUUCAUGAUCGGACGGGCGGAAAUGGACAUAUGUCGAGCCUGGAGGUGUCGGCUUUUGAUCCGCUGUUUUGGUUGCACCAUAUUAACGUCGACCGCCUCUGGUCCAUCUGGCAAGACCUCAACCCCAACAGCUUCAUGACUCCCCGGCCCGCGCCCUACUCGACUUUCGUCGCACAGGAGGGUGAAAGCCAGAGUAAAAACACGCCUCUGGAGCCGUUCUGGGACAAAUCUGCUGCCAACUUUUGGACCUCUGAGCAGGUCAAGGACAGCACCACCUUCGGAUACGCGUAUCCUGAAACGCAGAAGUGGAAGUACUCAUCCGUAAAGGAGUACCAGGCAGCCAUCAGGAAGUCUGUCACGGCGCUGUACGGGAGCAAUGUGUUUUCCAACUUUGUUGAGAACGUCGCCGACCGGACGCCGGCGUUGAAGAAGCCGCAGGCAACUGGCGAGGAGAGCAAGAGCACCGUCUCGGCGGCUGCUGCUCAUGCAGUUGAGCUUUCCGGUGCCAAGAAGGUCGCAGAGAAGGUCCAUAAUGUGUUCCAGCACGCUGAGGAGAAGGCACAGAAGCCGGUGGUGCCUGUUAAGGAUACAAAGGCCGAGUCGAGCACGGCCGCAGGUAUGAUGAUCGGCUUGAGCAUAAAAUGUCCAUCCGAGCUGACAGCUUCACCAGGCCCAAUUCCAGAAAGCCUCAAGUACCUCGCCCCAGACGGCAAGUACACCGACUGGAUCGUCAACGUUCGCGCCCAGAAACACGGUCUCGGGCAAUCCUUCCGUGUCAUCGUCUUCUUGGGCGAGUUCAAUCCCGACCCAGAGACCUGGGACGACGAGUUCAACUGCGUCGGUCGUGUGUCCGUGUUGGGACGGAGCGCCGAAACCCAGUGUGGCAAGUGCCGCAAGGAUAACGCAAACGGUCUGAUCGUCUCAGGCACCGUUCCCCUGACCUCCGCUUUGCUGCAGGAUAUCGUGGGUGGUGAGCUCCAGAGCCUCAAGCCUGAGGAUGUCAUCCCGCAUCUGCGCGCCAACUUGAAGUGGAAGGUGGCGCUCUUCAACGGCGAUGAGUAUAAUCUGGAGGAGGUUCCGGACCUCAAGGUCAGUGUGGCUUCGACAGAGGUGACUAUCGAUGAGGAAGGCUUGCCACAUUACUCUCGCCAGUAUACCGUCUAUCCUGAGAUCACCGAGGGGAAGCCGUGCGGACAUGGCCCAGAGGAUCACAUCUAA